AUUCCGGGAGCUGGAAAUGGUGAGCAAGCAAGAGCCAAAGAGAGAGGGGCCUAAUCAGUGACUGAGAACCGCUCGUCGGGCGUGUGUGUGAAAUCUGUGAUGACAAAUCAGAUCCGGCGAAGUGGAGCAUUCUUCAACUAAACCCAACAGACCCGGUUCAGCAGCACUAACAAACAGUGUGCCUUGGCUUCUAGGCUCGUGGCAUGUAUGUACCAAUAUUCCCUCUUUUGACAAAAACACUCACUCACUAGUAAAAGUUACUUUUGUUUUUAGGCACUCCCCUCACGUCUUCCCUCCAAUAUUUUAAUUUUUACAACAACAAAAAAAACAAAAAAAGGAAAACUUUUUUCACAAACCGCCUCCACUCUUCCAUUCUCACAUUAGACUGCGGUACUCAGCUGCUCGUCGGCCAACAUCGCCUCCUGGACCCACCAAAGCUUGCUCGCCAUAUCAAAGGUUUAUUAAAAAUCAUAAACACUUGAUUGAGAUGGCUGGUCAAUCGGAUCCUCACCCUUCUCUCUUUUCUGCAGAGGAGAUUGAGUUCAUGGGCGAGGAUGAAAUGAUCGAGAUUGUGCCCAAUAUGAGAAUGGAACCUCUUAAUUUAAUUUCGGGGGAUUACGGUCCAUUCUUUCCGCAGAUGGUUACCCAGGUACCCCUUUGGCUUGCAAUUGCUUUAAAGAAGAGAGGGAAAUGUGCAAUUCGACCUCCUUCAUGGAUGUCAAUUGAAAGCUUGACUCAGAUUUUGGAAUCAGAGCGGGAGUCUCAAGAAGCGUUCCAAGUCUUGCCUUUCCAUUAUGUGGAAAUCUCAAGACUUCUUUUUGAUCAUGCACGCGAUGACAUUCCUGACAUAUAUAUGGUAAGAUCUCUCAUUGAGGACAUCAGAGAUGUAAGAUUUCAUAAAGUUGAGACCAGCUUAGAAUCCUUUGAGGAUGCUCGCUCUUCUGCUGUGAGGAUAAAGAAUUUAUCUGCUAUGGAAGUGAAUAUAGUUCGCCCAUUCGUUGGGCGAGCACUACAGGUAUUCUAUAAGCAUGGUAGUCCAGAUCUGAUUCCAAAUCCAGAGAGAAUGUCUAACUCUAACAGAUGGCAACAACCAGCACCAGCUGAUCAUGGACAAAGACGUCCUCUUCGGAAAAGGUAGAAGGGUUCUGUAGCGAUGAUGAGUUAUCUUCGCAAAUCACAUCCAAGCAAGUGGGAACACUAAUCUCAGCAUGCCUAAUGAGAAAGAUGCUUGUGUCUUCUUUGGCUUUAUUAAUGGAAUCGUUUCAUAACAUUGGUAGUUAUAGCAACUGUUCUGGCUUGGGUCCUGAGAGGGUGAUGGUAUUUGUUCAUUUGUUGUAUUAAUUAAGUGGGGUUCGGAUGCUGAUAACAUGGCCGAGAUAAUUUAAUUUUUAACAUAAUGUAUAUGAUGUUUACAGAACAAAUAUGAUUAAUACACUACUGCCUUCACCUCA